AUGACGCAAUCGAAUCGGCAGGCGCCUGUGCUGAAAUACUCUGGAGAGAGUAACGAUCAUGUCUCUCCUCAAGAAUACAAGAUUCGCGUCGGGAAAGCCGUCAGAACAUUGCGCGAGGAGCUUCCGCAGUUUUUCCAGUAUGGUCUUUGUACGACGUCGAUCUACGCUUCAAAUAUCCGGCUUAUCGAGGCUAGCCAUACAAACGCGACCAUCCAGGGCAAGCCCAUCUACUUUUUGCUCGCUGGAGCUGUUCGCUGGAGCUUCAAAAUAUGGUUCCGCGACCUCGAGUUCGAGAUCCAGUCGAUCCGCGUGAACGAUCGUGGAGGCAGGGGUCUCAAGGGUAUGGACUCUGGUGGGGACUAUGCCAACGCAACAGCAUCCAUCUUAAAGUAUCAUUCGAGCGCAGGAACACAGCCGUCAUCAGCUACGCGGCCUGGAACAUUUGAUCAUUGCAUGGUAGAAUCUCCCCUCGACUUUACAUACCGCCAUUACCCAGAACGUGGCAGUCGUGCUUUCGAAAUGGACUGCGUCGACAAACUUGAUAGAACGACCGACCGUAAACUGGAGAAGCGCUACAGCAUCAAUCAGUUGCAGCAACAGCAACAGUUUUUGAUGUUUAUGUUUCAAGAUCAAGCAAGCUCCACUCUCAAUUCAACUUCCUCUAGUCGGGCCACUACAUCUGCACCACGUUCAGUCAAAGAGCACGGUGUCAGUGGCGCCUCCUACCCCGGACUAGCCUACUACAGCUACUUACUGAAUAUACUCAAAACAAAGCAGAAAUGCAAAUCACUCACCAUCAGCAGUACAGGCAUCUGGACAGGCAGAGCAUUUAGCAGCAACCGAACCAACACAAGGACUGCCGAUUUCACAAGCAGAGGAGGCACAACCUAUGUCGACAUUACCCCUGCAUCGAUAGGUCUUACAGAAGAAUCAUCCACGCAGCUGCGUUUCCGCAUUGGAAGUCCCAGGUUCGAGGCAAUGGAUAUUUUGUCAGGUUCAUAA